CGGACGUCAACUAUUUCUCGCCGGCGGCCGAUCUUACGAUGAUGCACGAGUCUCCUCACGACCAACACAAUACAGAAUCAAAAUCUGAAGGAGACGAAGAAGAUCACCAUCUCCUGCUGAUAUCCCAAUCUCCCCUCCCCUUAUCCACCGACAACAAUCCUAAAGAUAAUUACGUCUCCGACGAGGAAGAGGUUGCCUAUGAAUCUCAUGAUAAAAUUGUAAUCGACGGAUUAGAUUCAGAUUCCGAUAAUACUGAUUUCAACUCCACGCCACCCUUCUCGUGGAAGAAGCUAUGGUUAUUUACGGGGCCAGGGUUUCUAAUGAGCAUAGCGUUUCUAGAUCCGGGAAACCUAGAAGGGGAUCUUCAGGCUGGUGCCAUUGCUGGCUAUUCUCUAUUGUGGUUGUUGAUGUGGGCGACGGGUAUGGGUCUCCUGAUCCAGCUGUUGUCCGCUCGGGUUGGGGUGGCUACCGGCCGGCACUUAUCGGAGCUAUGUAGAGAGGAAUACCCUAGGUGGGCUGGAUUGCUGUUGUGGUUCAUGGCUGAGAUAGCGUUGAUUGGAGCUGACAUUCAAGAAGUGAUUGGCAGUGCCAUUGCUAUACAGAUUCUUAGCAAUGGGAUUCUUCCUCUUUGGGCUGGGGUCGUGAUCACUGCUUCUGAUUGUUUCAUGUUUUUACUUCUUGAGAACUAUGGAGUGAGGAAUUUGGAAGCUGUUUUUGCAGUUCUCAUCUCAACUAUGGGACUAUCAUUUGCAUGGAUGUUUGCUGAUGCACAACCUAGUGGAAAAGAACUUCUAAUAGGUCUUUUGGUUCCAAAGCUCAGCUCAAGAACAAUUAGGCAAGCUGUUGGAGUAGUAGGGUGCGUUAUAAUGCCCCACAAUGUAUUCUUACAUUCUGCUUUGGUGCAAUCGAGGAAAAUUGAUCCAAACAAGAAAGGCAGGGUCCAAGAAGCAAUUAAUUACUACACAAUCGAGUCUUCGAUUGCCCUUUUUGUUUCUUUUAUGAUCAAUUUAUUUGUGACUACCGUCUUUGCUAAGGGAUUUUAUGGUACCAAGCAAGCCGAUAGUAUAGGCCUUGUAAAUGCUGGGCAGUAUCUUGAACAGAAGUACGGUGGCGGAUUUAUGCCGGUUCUGUAUAUCUGGGGUAUUGGCUUAUUGGCAGCUGGUCAAAGUAGCACCAUCACGGGUACUUACGCUGGUCAGUUUAUCAUGGGAGGCUUCCUUAACCUUCGUCUAAAAAAAUGGCUGAGGGCAUUGAUAACUAGAAGUUGUGCAAUUGUGCCGACCAUGAUUGUAGCUCUUGUAUUUAACAAAUCGGAAGCUUCAUUGGAUGUAUUAAAUGAAUGGCUUAAUGUUCUUCAGUCCAUCCAGAUCCCGUUUGCACUUAUCCCACUUUUAACCUUGGUGUCGAAAGAGGAAGUUAUGGGGGUCUUCAAAAUUGGACCUACUCUAGAGAGAAUUGCGUGGAGUGUGGCUGCACUAGUGAUGGUGAUCAACGGGUACCUACUGCUUGAUUUCUUCGUGGCUGAGGUGAACGGAUUUUUGUUUGGCGCUUUGGCUGUAACCAGCACUUCUGCAUACGUGGUAUUUAUAUUAUAUCUCAUAUCUCAUGGAGAUUGCCUACCAUCUACAUGGUUUAGCCACAUAGUCAAUAAAGGGUAUUCCUAUAUUGGAAAAUGAAUCAUUCAUCAAUCUUGUUGUCCAAAUCGAAGAUUGGCUGUUGGUAUAGUGUUUUAAAGCCAUUUUUCGACCACAAUCUCCAUGAACUUCAAACUGAACGUUAAACAUCAUUGUUCACGGAGAAGAAGCGAUUGAAGUUCUACACACAGAUAUAUGAAGAUGGUAUUCACUGUUAUAGGUUUAACCGUUGACCAAGCAAGCAAGCAUUGAGUGCCCCCAUUUGAAAAGGUUCGUUAUAUUAUAUAUUUUUUUCGUGUAGGAAGAUAUCGUGAAACCUUGUGUUUACACGUUUACUGUGAGUAGUUUUUUUUGGAUUAGUGUACUCAAAACACUAUAGAACACAAAGUAGAUAUCAAACAUUUUGCAUA